CACGCGUCGGUAAACAUAUAAAUGCAAAAAACCCAAGGAAAAAAUGCGGCUGAUGAAUUGUUUGUUGAGCAGUGUUUUAAACGCCUAAUGGUAAAACUUACAGAAAACAAGGUUUGAUUAGCUGAGUCAAUGUACGUUUUUUUGGGAGUAUAGACAAUGUUUUUUUCGUUUAACCGUUAUGAAACGAUUGUGAGAUUUUCUGAGUCCGCAGAAGUCACCUUUUCGAUUAUCGGAACGGACUGACAAACGAAAAGGUUGUUUAAACCUCGUGAGCCCCUGAAACAGCUGCACACACUUCUGGCUAACCUUUCGCCGGCGUUUGUCUUACAGUUUUUGUCGAGUAUUUCCCCCCAUUCCUACGGGAUAAAAGUAUUUCAUACUGACAAAGAGAAGCUUUCUUUCUAUACACAACAGCCUGCGCCGUAUCGAAUUGCCGACCUAGACAAUUAAAAGGAAAAUACGCACACUCUUACACAACGCAAAAAGACUACACGAAAUGGUUGACGUUGUUGACCUCCUCGUUGCAGGGUUUUUUAGCAGUACUAUUACUUACAUUUGCUACACGGUGUAUGCGCCAAAAUGGAACUGGACACUACGCUAUAGCGGACAUAGCGGGGAAUUCAACAGCGACACUAAAGCUGCCGUUAAGGACACAAAGGAGGAAAGUUCGUGGUACCAGCUUCUUCGUUGUUCUGUUCCCAAGCACUGGUUCUGGCAGUUCUAUGCUUAUGGUCUGGGUAUCGUUGCAUUCAUUUGGUAUUCGCCAUGGUCUUCUUGGAGAGAACAUUCAAGAUUGCUUGCGGCGCUUUUACCAGACUGGAAGGCUACUCAGUUGAUGAAAGAGGACAUCGGAACACGCAUCGCGGUUACUAUUUUUACUGUUCACGUUCUGCAACGUCUCAUUGAAAGCCUGCGCUUCCGUCGCGGCAGUGCUCGCAUCCUCCUUUGCCAGUACAUUUUUGGAUUCGCCUUCUACACGGCGAUCCCUUUUUCUUUGUUCGGACAUGCAAGCUCUAAGAAGUCAACAAGCGCUCUCAACGUCGUUACUGGCACCAUUAUAAGUGUAUUUGGAUGUAUAUGGCAAGGAGCCUGCCACGAAUACCUUAUCUCUAAAAAGCACUGCAAGGGCUAUGUCCCAUUAACAGGCAGCGGUUUUCGCUGGCUAAAAGGAGCCCAUUUCUUCGGUGAAUGGGUUAUUUAUCUUGGCUUUGCUUUCCUCGUUCCGCACUGGCAGUCGUGCCUGGCAUUCGUGUCCGUGUUUUUCAGUAUGCUAAACAUUGCCACGUCGUACGCAGCAACCCAAGACAAAUACAGCCCUGAGCAUACUCAUCGCCGGAUUGUAGUUCCCUUCAUCUACUGAGAUGCGACGAGAACUUAAAAGAGGUGAAUUUUGAUAGUAUUCAAGCACGUUUGUAGGAACACGAAACCAUAAACAUCCCUUUUGACGGUUCAGCAUCUCCUCUUUCCAUUAUAUUCGAAACUCAGUCGACAUGGUUUCUCCAUCAUUAAGCCAUGGAACGCGUAAAACAUCUCCAAAUCCCGCUGGCAGAACCUCGCAACGCGGCAACAUGGCGAAUUCAUUAAGAACGUUGGCGUCCCAAGUAACUGUAUAGGACGAUUAAUGCAAACAUCAAC